GUUUUGUGAGCAUGCGCACGGCGCGCCCUCUAGCGACACGGCCGAAGCAUACACGGCGGUAUAUGUGUCAAUGUGAGGACACAGACUAACGACGGCACAUGUUCGCGGACUCGGAUAUAUGUUUACUUGAAUUACAAAGGACAGGAUGCUGAUAGAAUUCUGUCUUGAACUUCCGGGUCAAUGGUAGCUUGACCCCUGACCUGUGCACGUGGGAUCCAGAUAACGGAUUGGAAGAAGAUGAUGGGAGUAUAUAUGGAGUAAGGAAUGUUGCAAGUCAGUGAGUGAACAGACGCUGAUCAGGUGAAUCGCGACAUCUACCUGGAGCAGACGACAGUGAGAGUCCACCACACCGGUCAGCGUGUUGUGUAGUGGACAGUGUGUUGGAGUAUCGGGAUGUUGUGAUCACGGCUUGGGUGUGAGUUGCGACUUCGCUGAGUGAACAGAUCUCCUGCUGACAAGCCCAGCGAUAACAAUACAGCAAAUUAGUUCAAACUGUCGAACGUGGAUAAGGAUGUGAUAAACUGUCAACCUUUGUCACUGAGUGGACCAAAUCAGACCUGGACACUGAUAUAAACCAUCCCGCCUAGAUGCCUUCAUACAUCAGUGUUGUACUUUGAGACGCACGUGAACAGUCGAGCAGACGACACUUCAACUGUCAAAGAUAACAGUGAGUUUAUUGAGUAUUUAUAUCAAUUUGUCAGUGAAUUUACCCCACACAAGAUCACGCGCUGAUACAGAACAGGGAAGCAGACGACAGUUGAUUUCCGCAACAGACGAGAUUGGAAUAGCCUGACAACGUCCUUCGUUAUGAUGGAGUCUCAGUGACAGUUACGUGAUGGAGUGUGCUUGUACCGGACAAAAUUCCUAAAAUCGUAUUCGAGUGAAAGAGGAGUGUUUCGCAUCCUUGUGAUCUGAACUAACUGUCAUUUGCGGAAUCUCGAGUUCCGCUCUCUACUUUGUGGUUUAGUGGAUAAUGAGGUUUGUGGUCAUCGUCAUGACAGGAAUCGGAUUCACCUUCGGCGUCAUCAUCGGCCUUUUCGUCCAGCUCCCGGUGGACACUCUACCUGCCGACAACAACUUCGUCGGUUCAAAUGGUAUCCUUCGACACCGGAGAAGCCUCCAUGGACUCGAAUCACCCCAAGGCCAAUAUACCGUGUCCAGUGAUACCAACGCAGACAAUGAGAGGACUUUAUCGAAACCAAUUCCCAUCCGUUCGCCUGAUCAGGAAAUCGGACUGGGUAGCUUUGUGCACAAUGCAAAUAAUAUUGGAAGAAAAGACUCAGUUUUCUUUGAUGUGAAUGGAAAGCAACCAAGCAGAAAUUCGGAUCAGGUGCAAUCGAACUUCGGGCAAAGUAAACAGGAUAGCAAUUCAUUACAUUCCGAGGGGGGAAGAUCGCCUCGUGGAAGGGUGGAUACGGACGCUUCCUUAGCCAAGAGUCAGGGGUCUGUGUCGCUAAGAGUGAAGGUCAAGUCGAAUUCAAAAGUUGCAGCAGCUUCUGAGGACAAUUCAAAAGCUAAGACCACGGGUGGGAGUGAUCAAGUGCUAGGUUCAGCCCCGAUGACAUCAGGCAUUCACUGGGCGCGAGAUCUAGAGAGUCAGUGUCCAAAGGGAUUUACCAAGACUGAUACUGAUGCAUGGCGGAUUAAGUCGACAUCGGCUGCCAUUGUCAAAAUGGAGGAGGGUUGCGGACGUAUGCAGAACCGCCUAGUGACGUUUGAUGACGCUUCUAAAGCGUGUGUGAGAUACAGACUCAACACUGACCAGAUACAAGGAGAGAUAUACUCCUACUACCUUGCCAAGCUUCUAAAUAUGACCAACUUGCCCCCAUCCUCCCUCCACAGAGUGGACAGAGUGAGUGACCAGUGGAAGGCCGUCCAUCUGGACAUUUCCGACUCUCAGUGGGCCGACGGCAAGGUGGUCAUCCUCACCGAAUGGGUUGACAAUCUAAACCCCGCUUACAUUCCCGAAUCCCUCAAAGAGAAUUCCAGGAAAGUUCAUCCCACUGAUGAUAUGUGGAGAGGUAAACCCAUCAGCCAUGUGUGUGAUUUAAUGCAGUGGUCAGAUUUGAUUGUGUUUGACUAUCUGACCGCUAAUCUUGACCGUAUGGUCAACAAUAUGUUCAAUCGCCAGUGGAAUGAGCAGAUGAUGAACAAUCCCGCUCACAACCUGGAAAGGGCUCCGUCCGGAAACCUUCUCUUCCUGGACAACGAGUCCGGACUUUUCCAUGGAUACCGUUUACUGGACAAAUACACGGGGUACCACUCCGCACUGUUGAAAUCUUUAUGUGUGUAUAAACAAAGUACUGCGGAGGCGGUGAAAAAGUUAUAUAAAAAUGACAAUAUAGGACAGGAGCUCCAUAGACUCUUCUCAGAAGAGGAGACAUUGCAUUCGUCCUUACCGUAUAUCCCACAGAAAAAUAUCAAAAUAUUGAAAGAACGUUUAAAAGACGUUUACAACCAAAUUAGUCAAUGCGAGCUGCAAUAUGGCAGCUAACCAUUGUGAUAAUUAUGUUUAGCCUCUCAUACACGACUGGGGGUACACAAAAUACGAAUCCCUGUUAGUUUGCUAAAAUACUGAUAGUAUUAACACUAUAAGGGACUAAAGUAUGCCAGUAUUAACCUUCUUUGCGUGUUGGAAAACAGUUCUAUCCUCUUAAAAUGAAAGUGCAACUUAAGUGAAGUACGUGCUAUAUAGUUUAAGUGCUAUAGUAGCCCCAGUCGUGUGUGGGGGUCAAUGUUAUGAUGACGACCCUACUGUCAGCCGGGGGUGAGGCGACAGGGUGAGGCAAGGUAGGAAGUUUAAACCUGGAGGUGAGGCGAACACAAUUGAUAAACAUGACUGAAAAAAUGUUUUACAAAAAUUGGACAAUAUUUCGUAUUCUCAUUGUUUUGUGUAUAAAUCAACGCUUCGAUACGAAACAACAUCACAAAUGUAUGUAUAUAUCAAGCAUUUUAUUAUUGACUGAAAUUUCAAAUAUUUAAUCGGGUAAGAGAUAUCUAGCAUUCUAGAGAUACGGUAUCUCUAGCGUGUAUCAGCGAGAUACUAGAUAUAGGUGAUUCAUAUAGCCGUCCCUUGUGGCUAUCAGCAUGUUUUGUCUCAUCUUCAGGUUAUAAGCUAGACGGUAACGGGGAUACAAGGCCUGUUGUGAUGAUAACAAGUGAUAUCAAAUUUUAGCAGAGUGCAGUGAUAUCCCAGUUACAGUCCUACUGUAACUGCAACAUGUUUAACUAAAUACUCACUCGCCAGAGGCUCCAAGGUCGUUUUAACGACUAAAAUAUGUUCCGAAGUCUGUUUAGUCAUAUUAAAAACCUAUUAACCUUUUUUUCUGACUUGAAGUCAUAUUGUAUAUUAAUAACUUUCAUUUAAACAACUCUAAUUAUGUUUAAUAAUCUUCGGAUUUUCACAGAUAAGAUAUAUACGAAUAGUGAUUAUAUUUCAAAUUCAAGUCAUGUAAAUUUAAUGUUUCCAAAUUUAGUACCCAAAAUUUCAAUGUUAAUUUCAUCACCUUAUUUUGCUUUUUGAAUAUACGCUAACAUUGAAAAAUAAUGUAUUUCAUUUGACUUGAUUGUAUAUCAUCGAUGUCAUGUUGAAUCGUCACUAAUUAAUACAAUUCUAAUUGCAUGCUAAUUACGAAUGGUCUCUAAUUAGCCUUGUCUGGUCUCCUGUGCAGCAUUAGCGCGCCACACCUGCUUGUUGUAUGGGUCGUGAUCCUUAAGUCUGUGAUUGUACAAAUACGGGAAUUGCAUUCCAAAUGUCUCUUUCAUUCCAGUCAUUGUAUAUAGCAUGUCAUAAUGUCUCCAAGAGAAUUGUAUAUAUGUAUAUCUUCAUGGGUACUACGUACUUGAUGACAAUCAGAUUUAUGUGAAGAAAAUUCCUUCACGCCUCCUGCAAAUGAUGAAAGUCAUAAAAUAAAUUAUUUUUAAAUAUUUA